GAUCAUAUUCUAUUUUUUUAUAAAAAGAACCAUUUCUUUACAAACGGACUAAUGUGGCUUGGCAAUGACAGAAUUGUUUGUUUUUAACAAUGUCUUCUCCAAAGAGUGUUCGGCUCGCCUCCUGAGUCCUCAUUUCUAGGAAUCAGGCCGGCUCGGACCAUGGCUGGUCUACUUAUUAGUGCCUUUUCAGCUUCUCAUGGUUGCCAUAACACUGUUACAUGGACAGGCAGACAGAGAGAUUCUCCUUGCCAGCCAAAAUAUUUGAUACAGUAGAAAAAUUCCAAAACUUAGUUGUCAAGAAAAAAAAAGAAAGGGAAUAUGAACCAAAAGAUGAAAAUCACCCUUUCCCAUCAAAUCCAUUGUCAAAAAGACUCUAAUGCUUCAGUUUCUUUCUUAAUACUACUCUCAAACUUGCAUUAUUGUUCACUGUGCAAAUCUACUGUUGGUUGAGACUUGAGAGAGAUGAUGAUGAUGAUGCAGAGGCAGCGAGAGAGAAAAGACAGUGAAUCGGAAGAGGAAGAGUUUGUGGAGGAGAAAAGCAACAAUAAGCCGCAAUGGAAAAGGCUUCUUGGAUUGCUUAUGAUAAACGAGCCGCUUAGAGGAAAUGGAGGAGAUAUUGUUGGAAGCAGCACCACAGCACCUUCAGCUUCUCACCAUGGCUUUAUCAUUCGCCCUGAUCACUGGUGGUACACGGUAUGGACGCAUUUCAUACUCAUAUGGGCGAUUUAUUCAUCUUUCUUCACUCCUUUGGAGUUUGGAUUCUUCAGAGGUCUCCCAGAGAACCUUUUCCUUCUCGACAUUGCUGGUCAGAUAGCUUUUCUCAUUGACAUUGUCGUUCGUUUCUUUGUUGCCUAUCGCGACACUCAGUCCCGUCGCUUGGUCUACAAUCGAAAUCUCAUUGCCAUUAGGUAUUUGAAAUCUCGGUUUUUGAUUGAUCUUUUGGGUUGUCUUCCCUGGGAUGCUAUCUACAAGGCUUGUGGGAAAAAAGAGGCAGCUAGGUACAUGUUAUGGAUUAGGCUAAGCCGGGCCCGCAGAGUGACAGAGUUUUUUGGGAGGUUGGAGAAAGAUAUCAGGAUCAAUUACCUUUUUACGAGAAUUGUGAAACUUCUUGUUGUUGAACUAUAUUGCACACAUACAGCUGCCUGCAUAUUUUACUAUCUUGCUACUACCUUGCCUCCCUCUGAGGAAGGUUACACAUGGAUAGGAAGUCUACAGAUGGGUGACUAUCACUAUUCACACUUCAGAGACGUUGAUCUUUGGAAGCUUUAUAUAACAUCGCUCUAUUUUGCCAUUGUUACCAUGGCAACUGUUGGCUAUGGAGAAAUACAUGCAGUCAAUGUCAGGGAAAUGAUAUUUGUCAUGAUUUAUGUAUCUUUUGACAUGAUUCUUGGUGCUUAUCUGCUUGGUAACAUGACUGCAUUAAUUGUAAAAGGAUCAAAGACUGAAAAGUUUAGAGAUAAAAUGGCUGAACUCAUCAAAUAUAUGAAUAGAAACAAUCUUGGAAAGGGCAUAAGCAAUGAGAUCAAGGGCCAUCUGAGAUUGCAAUUUGAUCGCAGCUAUACUGAAGCUGCUGUUCUUCAGGAUAUUCCAGCUUCUAUACGCGCAAAGAUCUCACAGAAGUUGUAUGAACCAUAUAUUAAAGAAGUUCCUCUUUUCAACGGGUGCUCUUUGGGUUUCAUUACACAGAUUGCAAUAAAGGUGCAUGAGGAAUUUUUUCUCCCAGGAGAAGUGAUUAUAGAACAGGGCCAUGUGGUGGAUCAACUUUAUUUUGUCUGUCAUGGUGAAUUGGUCAUGGAGGAAGUGGGAAAAGGAGGAAAUGAUGAAACUGUUCCCAUGUGUCUGCAAACAUAUAGUUCAUUUGGUGAAAUUUCUUUUCUUUGCAACACUCCUCAGCCAUAUACAGUUCGAGCUAGGGAACUUUGCAGGGUCUUGCGACUUGAUAAGCAAUCAUUUACAGAGAUCCUUGAGAUAUACUUCUUUGAUGGACGAAUUAUCUUGAACAACCUCCUUGAGGGAAAGGACUCCAAUCUACGGAAUGACUUAUUGGAGUCGGAUAUCACCCUUUACAUUGAAAAGUCUGAAUCAGUUCUUGCUACAAGGUUGAACUGGGCUGCAUAUGAUGGAGAUUUUUAUCGGUUGAAACGUUUGAUUGGAGCUGGAGCAGAUCCUAAUAAGACAGAUUAUGAUGGAAGAUCACCUCUGCACAUUGCUGCUACUAAAGGAUAUGAAGAUAUAACACUUUUCCUUAUUGAGCAAGGAGUGGAUGUCAACAUUUCAGAUAAGUUUGGAAACACUCCCUUGCUUGAAGCUGUCAAGGGUGGGCAUGAUGAAGUAGGAUCUGCACUAGUUAGAGCCGGGGCAACACUGGAAAUUGACGACGCUGCUGAUUUUCUCUGUAUGACAGUUGCAAGAAGGGAUUUGGGUCUCUUGAAAAGAGCUUUGGCCAAUGGAAUGAAUCCAAAUGCCAAAAAUUUUGAUAGCAGAACACCACUUCACAUAGCUGCUUCAGAAGGGUUGUAUCCAAUGGCAAAGUUACUUCUAGAAGCAGGAGCUAGUGUUUUCUCAAAGGAUAGAUGGGGGAAUACGCCGCUUGAUGAAGCCCGUCUAGGUGGCAAUAAGAACUUCAUUAGGUUGUUUGAGAUUGCAAGAACUUCUCAGAUCUCUGAGUUCUCUGAUUGUCAUGGACAGAAACAAGCAGCUAAAAGGCAACGAAGGAGAUGCACAGUGUAUCCAUUCCACCCUUGGGAUCCAAUAGAGAAGAGAAGACAGGGAGUGGUUUUGUGGGUUCCUGAAACCAUGGAAGAGCUCAUUAAGGCUGCAAUGGAGCAACUGAAUUGCACGAGUAGUUGCAUUUUGUCUGAAAAUGGUGGUAAAAUUGUUGACGUGAACAUGAUUAAUGAUGACCAGAAGCUAUUUUUGGUCAGUGAAUCAUAGCAUAAUUGAUAAUCCUCCAUUAAAAUCCAGUGGAGGCUGACAAGUAUGUCCAAUGUAUUGCAUUACAACUUUGUUUUGAUUAUUGGAUAAGCCUUUGAUGAGGUUAUAAUAUAAACAUUUUUUUUUUUAAA